GGUUACACCCCGAUUAAAACGAUACUUAAUAUAUGUAUUACUUUUGAAAUAUUGGAACAGUGAGGCUCAAUCGACCCUCAUCUAAUACACGCAGUACAAAACUCGGAAAUAAGGAAAGAGGAUCCAAUCACGAUGUAUGCGCUCACGUUAACAGCGGAAUUAAACGGGGUUACCGACCUCCGACCCAAGGAUACCGCUGAAAGUCCGUUCUGGUAUACCUUCACGGUCCAGUGCACCUCGUGUCGGGAGACACAUGGAAAACCGGUCGCGGUCAGCAGAUUUGAGACCAACGAGUUGAGCGGAAGCAGAGGAGAGGCGAACUUCGUAUGGAAGUGCAAGAAUUGCAAGCGAGAGUCUUCUUGCUCGAUCAAGACGGCGCCUAAGCCCUAUGCGCAGGGCGAGCCGCCUAAGCAGCAGUCCAUCAUCGAGUUCGACUGCCGCGGGUUGGAGUUUACGGAUUUCAGUCCCGAGGGAGAAUGGUUGGCAGAUGGCAUCGAGUCGAAUACUAAGUUCGAGGGGGUUGAGCUGCAGGAUGGCGAGUGGUAUGAGUACGAUGAGAAGGCCGGGGAUGAAGUUAGUGUUAAGGAUUUGAAGUGGGAGAUCAAGAGAGCUUGAGAGGGGUUGUUGUUGUUGUUGUUGUUCUAGAUAUGUAGGUUGAGUCUUAGAUACCUACCUAUAUGAAGUUGAAGUUGAAGUUGAAGUUGCAGUCGACCAUUCACAAGGGAGGGAGGUAUAUGCAAUUCCGACUCUUAUGUUGUAAGUCGUCGAAAACCCAUAGUUACAAGGCAUCUUUCUUUAUCUUAUCAUCUUCAAGAUGGAGUGCGGGGCACAAAUACUGCGUACCCCGAUAUAUAAAUACUCACUCUCUUAACUACAACUACCCCCAUUAAUCAAUCAAACUGGAGUUUAAGCAUUAAACAAA